AUCAGAAGUGCGAGAAACCCAAGAGCGUAGACAAUGCUUCCGACCUGGCUAACCGAGGAAUAUUUGCAGCCCAGGCUGAGGGCCUAUUGCAAGGACGAUGGGCUGAAGGUCCUCAAAAUCUGGGCCAAGCCGGCGACCGGAAAGGGUGAGAACUUCGUGGGCAUCAUGACCCGCAUCCACGUGGACUAUCAGCUGGACGAUGGAUCGGAGCACAAGAAGUCCUUCAUCGUCAAGCAGGCCCUUCCCGAGGAUGUGCCCCAGGCUAAGGUCUUCUUUGAGUACGACCUCUACACGCGAGAGAUGGACAUGUACGAGUUCGUCCUGCCAAAGCUGAAGGAGCUGCUGGCAGAAGCUGGCCUGGAGGGAAAGCUCACUGCGGAUGCCAUCGCCGUGGACCGGCAGUACAGCACCAUGAUUCUGGAGGAUCUGGCGCCGUACAUGUACGUCAAUGCGGACCGAGUGAAGAUGCUGGAUCUGGCCCACACCAAGCUGACUGUGGAAAUGCUGGCCAAGUUCCAUGCCGCAGCAACAAUCCUUAGGCAGCGCCAUCCGGAACUCCUGACCAAGUGCUUCUCGACGCACUGCUUUUCGCGAGACAAAAAGGCCUACAGGGAAGUCUACUUGGGAAUGUUCAGGGCAUUCUUGAAGUUCAUAAAUGGCCAUUCCAGUUUGAAGCAAAGCUAUGGCGCCAAAUUGGAGAAGUUGAUCCCGCACAUCAUGGAGUAUGGAGCUCGGGUCUAUGAUGUGGCGGAAGGGGACCUGCAGACGUUGAACCACGGCGAUUGCUGGAGCACCAACAUCAUGUUCCAGUACGAUGAAGCGGGAAUUCCCCAGACAGUCGUAGGCAUUGAUUUUCAAUUCAGCAACUGUACUUCUGCCAUCGAUCUGCACUACUUCUUUACCACUUCGCUGAGGGAGGAAGUCCGGAACAAGGAGUCGGAACUGGUUGAGCAUCACUACAACGCCCUGAAAGCUAAUCUCGAAAGGUUCUCGUACCAGGGUCCGUUCCCCAGCCUUCAGGAGUACCAGCUCCAGUUCGAGCGUCGUCGAUUUAUGAGUCUGAUGGCGCAUCUCUUCAAGCCUUUUAUGAUCUACAAUGGCAGUGAGGAGACCUCGGACUUCUCGAGUCUGUACAAGGAAACCCCGGAAGGACUUCGGUUCCAGAAAUCCGUUUAUGAAAGUGAAGUGGUGCUCAGAAGUGCAACCAAAUUGUUGGCUAUUCUCGAUAGCAAGGGUCUUUUGGAUCUUCAAUAGGCUAGGAUUGCUUAUUUUAAUAAUAGCUGUGCAAUUUAAUACAGAAAAAACUAUAUAAAUUGACAAAUACACAAGUAAA